UCUUCUUAAAGUCAUAUACAUUAGUCAAUAUAUUUUUAUAAUUUUUUAUAUACAUGCCAAAAAGCAAAUUAAACAUUUAAAUUGCCAGUGUUCCAAAGCAUUUAAAAUGCCUAAGAAUAAACAAAAUUUGCAAGAGCAACCUAGACAGACAUCGAACAUGAACAUCCUUAGUUCCAAGUCCGAUCAAAACGUUAAGGUUCUGAAAGAUGUUAACCCUGAGUCUCCAAUGAAAAAAGCGGCACGCAUUCGGCGAAACAUGGAGCGGGUUGAGAUGCUUGCACGACCGACUGCUCGACGACUGCGUUCUCUGUGGGAUGAAAAAUGUGCUAUACUACCUCGUGAGAGGAGGGAUAAAAUUAAAAGCGCACUAGAAGAGGAUUACUUCCUCAGUCCAGAACAAACGGAGCAAUAUUUCCAAGCACUGAACGAGUCGUCCAAAAUAUGGUCUGGUCCUGGCGGAAUGGUUAAUCGUAAGGAGAACGUGGAGAGAUCCCGCGAGUUGCGUCAGAGACAGAAGUGGCUUAUUGAUUUCAGUGCACAGGUGGCGUACCGUCUCUGCGAUUAUAUCGCUAAAGGACAAAAGGAAAUGUUGGUUUCGAAUAGAUUGAGAAGUAUUGCAGAUGUUGUGUUAGAAAGGGUGGCCGAAAUAUUAGGAGAACCUAAGCCUUCCCGUACACAUCCCGGGCGUCUCGCUCGUUUCAUGGUCGCGAUUUCCGAUCGUAUCGCUGUUUGGAUUGAGAACGCGGUGUACCGCGCUGAUGCGGUCGAGCCUUGCGAGUCUGGUGCGGAUGAGCAUAUGCGACUUGAUACGGAAAAACCACUUAUCGCCUAAUUA